CUUGCAUCUAAGUUUUGAUUUUCUAUGUUCAUUUACUCUGAUACCAGUUCCAAGAUUCGCUGUUUUUGGAGCGGCCUUGGAAAGAGAGUAGUGAAAAGCAUUAAGUGGGUUUAGCGCUCUUAAAAACAUUUCAAGAAAAAUUAUCUACCUAGAGUUUUUAAGAUAAUGAGAAUAUUCAUGCAAAAGAACGCUGUUGUUUGUUGGUUUUUCUCUCUAUAUUGGAUUGUUUCUCAUGGGAAGACAGAUUAAAGGCUUCGCCAGGACUCUCCAGCGUGUAGUUGAAAAAAAAAAAAAAAAAAUAUUAGUAACUGAGUCUUCCUCACCCUAGUGCUAGAAAAGAGUAGUAAGUUGUAUCAUUGAAGAUUGACUACAGUGAUCAGAGAUGUGUUAGUAGAUAAGAAUAUCUUAGCGACAAGAGUGGUUGAUAAUGGCUUUCAAACCAUUGGAUUGGUAUUGCAAGCCAGUCAAGAAUGGGGUUUGGUCAACAGCGGUGGAAAAUGGGUUCGGUGUUUAUACUCCAUGUGCUACUGACACUCUGGUGAUCUGCAUUUCACAUCUGGUUCUUUUGGGACUCUGCUUGAAUCGCUUAUGGAGGUUAAAGAAAGAUUAUACAGUUCAGAGAUUCUGCUUAAGAUCAAACUAUUACAAUUACUUUCUGGGGUUAUUGGCACUGUAUUCCACUGGAGAGCCUUUGGUUCGACUGGUCAUGGGAAUUUCAGCAUUUGAUGUGGAUGGUCAGAGUGGUCCUGCCCCAUACGAGGUGGUUGCUCUCAUCAUCAAGGCUGUGACAUGGUGUUCCUUGCUUGCAAUGAUUGUACUGGAAACCAGGGUUUACAUCCGUGAAACACGCUGGGCAGUUAGAUGUGGGAUUCUUUAUGCUCUGGUAGGGGAUGCUGUUAUGCUGAACCUUGCCCUGUCUGUCCGGGAAUAUUAUGAGUGGUCAGUUUUUGUCUUGUAUGUCAGUGAAGUGGCUGUCCAGGUUUUGUUUGGGAUUCUCUUGUUUGUAUACAUCCCUAACUUGGAUCCUUACCCUGGCUACACUCCCUUGCGAGUUGAAUCGGUGGAUGAUACCGCCUAUGAGGAACUUCCUGGAGAGGAGCAAGUAUGUCCUGAGAGGACUGCAAGCAUAUUCUCCAAAAUUACAUUUGGUUGGAUGAAUCCAAUCAUGCAGCUGGGCUACAGAAGACCUCUCACAGAAAAGGAUGUCUGGAAACUUGAUACAUGGGAUAGAACAGAGACUCUUAAUGACUGGUUCCAGAGUGCUUGGUCUAAGGAGAUUCGGCGACCAAAACCUUGGCUCUUAAGAGCCUUAAAUCGCAGCCUUGGGGGAAGAUUUUGGUUUGGUGGCUUCUGGAAGAUAGGGAAUGAUGUCUCACAGUUUACUGGCCCCCUCAUAUUGAACCAACUUUUACAGUCAAUGCAACAAGGGGAUCCCGCUUGGAUUGGCUACAUCUAUGCAUUCUCCAUUUUCCUAGGAGUGGUAUUUGGCGUGCUCUGUGAAGCUCAGUAUUUUCAAAAUGUUAUGCGUGUUGGCUAUCGUCUGAGAUCAGCUCUGGUGGCUGCAGUAUUCCGGAAAUCUUUAAGGUUGACUCAUGAGAGCCGCAAAGGGUUUACCUCUGGUAAAAUUACAAACUUAAUGACAACAGAUGCUGAGGCUCUUCAGCAAAUAUGCCAAUCCUUGCACACUGUGUGGUCAGCUCCUUUCCGCAUCGUUGUUGCGUUGAUUCUUCUUUACAUGCAGCUGGGAGUUGCUGCUCUUGUUGGUGCAGUGCUGCUUGUUCUUCUGUUUCCCAUACAAACUUGGAUAAUAAGCAACAUGCGAAAACUGACGAAGGAAGGAUUGCAACGCACAGACAGGAGAAUUGGACUCAUGAAUGAAAUUUUGGCUGCUAUGGACACUGUCAAAUGUUAUGCAUGGGAGUACAGUUUCCAGAAAAAGGUUCAAAAUGUCCGAAAUGACGAGCUGUCUUGGUACCGAAGAGCUCAGCUUCUGGGAGCUUUGAACACUUUCAUACUCAACAGCAUUCCUGUUGUGGUCAUUGUGAUUUCAUUUGGGGUCUUCACUUUACUGGGAGGUGAUCUGACACCUGCAAGGGCUUUCACAUCUCUUUCGUUGUUCGCUGUCUUACGGUUUCCACUGUUUAUGCUUCCCAAUGUUAUAACACAGAUCGUUAAUGCAAAUGUUUCAUUGAAACGUCUCGAAGAACUCCUCCUAGCUGAAGAGAGAAUUCUCUUGCCAAACCCACCCAUUGAACCAGGAUUACCAGCCAUCUCAAUCAGGAAUGGGCACUUUUCUUGGGAGGCAAAAGCAGAAAGGCCAACUUUGUCAAACAUCAACUUGGAUAUACCAAUUGGUAGCUUGGUCGCUGUUGUUGGCAGUACCGGGGAAGGAAAAACAUCACUUAUAUCAGCCAUGCUAGGGGAGCUUCCUGCAAUUUCAGAGGCAACUGCUGUCAUCAGAGGAAGGGUUGCAUAUGUACCACAAGUUUCUUGGAUUUUCAAUGCAACAGUCUGUGACAACAUCCUGUUUGGUUUGCCAUUUGAAUCUGCAAAAUAUGAGAAGUCGAUAGAUGUGACCUGCCUUCGACAUGACCUCGAUCUAUUGCCUGGCGGAGAUCUUACUGAAAUUGGAGAACGUGGGGUCAACAUCAGUGGAGGGCAAAAGCAAAGAGUUUCCAUGGCUCGUGCUGUGUAUUCUGAUUCAGACGUUUACAUAUUUGAUGAUCCCUUAAGCGCUCUAGAUGCUCACGUGGGGCGCCAGGUUUUUGAAAAAUGCAUCAAAGGAGAAUUAAGAGGAAAAACGAGAGUUCUCGUCACAAAUCAGCUGCAUUUUCUGUCACAAGUAGAUAGAAUUCUCCUGGUGAGCGAAGGUACAGUGAAAGAGGAGGGAACAUUUGAAGAGCUUUCAAACAAUGGCCAUCUAUUCCAAAAACUGAUGGAAAAUGCUGGGAAAAUGGAAGAGUAUGUUGAAGAAGAGGAAGAUGUUGAUCAAAAUGAUAGUAAAACUACCAAAGCUGUUGCUAAUGGUCUGAAUGGUGAGGUUUCUAGUGAUGCCAAUCAAACAAAGAAAAAGAAAGAAGGCAAAUCCAUUCUGAUUAAGCAGGAAGAACGAGAAACUGGUGUUGUGAGCUGGCAUGUAUUGAUGAGAUACAAAAAUGCAUUGGGAGGUGCCUGGGUUGUUUUGAUUCUCUUUGUAUGCUAUAUUUUGACGGAAACCCUGCGAGUUGCAAGCAGCGCAUGGCUAAGUUAUUGGACAGGUGAAAGCAGCACAUCACCACGUCAUGGACCGAUAUUUUACAACUUAAUUUAUUCAGCCCUAUCCAUUAGUCAAGUUUUGGUGACAUUCACAAAUUCAUUUUGGUUGAUCGUGUCAAGCCUUUAUGCUGCCAGAAGAUUGCAUGAUGCCAUGCUUGGUUCUAUGCUUCGAGCUCCAAUGGUCUUCUUCCACACCAAUCCACUUGGACGAAUCAUCAAUAGAUUUGCCAAAGAUUUAGGAGACAUUGAUCGAAAUCUUGCCCCUUUUGCAAACAUGUUUCUGGGUCAAGUGUCACAGCUUAUUUCAACAUUUGUGCUCAUUGGACUAGUGAGCACAAUGUCUUUAUGGGCUAUUAUGCCUCUUCUAGUCUUGUUUUAUGUUGCCUAUCUUUAUUACCAGAGUACAGCCCGAGAAGUGAAGCGCUUAGAUUCGAUCACUAGAUCUCCAGUAUAUGCACAGUUUAGCGAAGCACUGAAUGGUUUGUCAACCAUUCGUGCGUACAAAGCAUAUGACCGAAUGGCCAAUAUCAAUGGGAAGUCAAUGGAUAACAAUAUUAGAUUUGGACUUGUUAACAUGAGUGGCAACCGCUGGCUUGGUAUCCGUUUGGAAGCAGUCGGUGGUAUAAUGAUUUGGUUGACUGCAACUUUUGCUGUCUUGCAGAACGGAAGGACCGAUAACCCAGAAGCAUUUGCCUCGACUAUGGGUUUGCUUCUCAGCUAUGCCUUAAAUAUUACUAGCUUACUGACUGCUGUUCUGAGACUUGCUAGUCUGGCUGAAAAUAGUUUCAAUGCUGUUGAGCGGGUUGGGAACUAUAUAGAUUUGCCCUCGGAAGGUCCAGCCAUCAUUGAAGACAAUCGUCCUCCUCCUGGGUGGCCAUCGGCAGGAUCUAUUCAUUUUAAAGAUGUUGUAUUAAGAUACCGUCCGGAGCUUCCUCCUGUUUUGCACGGAAUUACUUUCACAAUUUCUCCAAGCGACAAGGUUGGAAUUGUUGGAAGGACUGGUGCAGGAAAGUCGAGCAUGCUUAAUGCUUUGUUUCGAAUUGUUGAGCUGGAGAGGGGAAAGAUAUUAAUCGACAACUAUGACAUAUCAAAGUUUGGAUUAAUGGACCUUCGAAAGGUUCUUGGCAUCAUACCACAGGCUCCUGUUCUUUUCUCAGGAAGUGUUAGGUUCAAUCUCGAUCCAUUCAAUGAACACAGUGAUGCCGACUUGUGGGAGGCUUUGGAAAGAGCACAUUUAAAAGAUGCCAUCCAAAGAAAUUCUUUAGGCCUUGAUGCUGAGGUCUCCGAAGCAGGGGAGAAUUUCAGUGUUGGGCAGCGCCAACUAUUAAGUCUUUCUCGAGCAUUACUUCGCAGAUCGAAAAUUCUUGUCCUUGACGAAGCAACUGCAGCUGUUGACGUCAGGACGGAUGCACUUAUCCAAAAGACCAUCCGCGAAGAAUUUAAAUCGUGCACGAUGUUAAUCAUUGCCCACCGUCUGAAUACCAUCAUUGAUUGUGACAGAGUUCUUUUGCUCGACGCCGGACAGGUCGUAGAAUUCGAUACUCCCGAAACACUACUCGAAAAAGAAGACAGCGCAUUCUCCCGGAUGGUGCAGAGCACCGGAGCUGCAAACGCCGAAUAUCUGCGCAGUUUGGUGCUUAGGAGGGACGAUGAUGGGAAGGUUGAGCAGAAUAAGCAGAUGGAUGGGCAAAGGAGAUGGCUUGCGUCCUCGCGGUGGACGGCGGCAGCGCAAUUUGCACUCGCAGUUAGUCUGACUUCGUCGCAGAAUGAUUUGGUGCAAUUAGAAUUCAGAGAUGAAGACAAUAUCCUGAAGAAAACAAGGGAUGCUGUGAUUACGCUGCAAGGAGUGUUGGAGGGGAAGCAUAACAAAGAAAUCGAAGAUAACCUCGAACGGCAUCAGGUUUCCAGGGAUAGAUGGUGGUCGGCUCUUUAUAAAAUGAUCGAAGGUCUUGCUGUAAUGAGCAGACUUUCUCGUAACAGGCUUCAUGAGGCAGAUAAUUUUGAAGACAGGACGAUCGAAUGGGAUCAGGUUGAGAUGUAGUAGUGCUUCUGCUGCUGCUGCGUUUUCUAUCUAAGUAAGACUGCUUUCCAAUUUAGUGUAAUAAUUCCAUGUUGCUCCAUAACUGGUUGAAUGUCGGAAAGCGGCUUCAACUCUCUCUCUCUCCGAUGCCUGUUUUUUUAUGUUUAUGAAAAAUACUUUGGAUUUUGAGUUAUUAUGGUGAUUUUGAUUC